CUCUUGGGUUCUUCCUUGUUUGGAUAAAUUUCUUGAUGCUUUGUUCUUUGGAACGAGGGGUUUUGGUGGAGUGGCUUGUCCACAUCUCUUCUCCAAUGUAUUUAUCUUCCUGAAAGAUGCGAGAGUUUUAUGGCUUUUUCUAUAUACUGCCAUUAUUCUCUUUAGCUACCAUAUAAAUUUAGGAUUUUCUUUCUUCUCUCAAAAAUGGGCUUUUGGGUUUGUUCUUAGUCUUCUGUUGUUCAUUGAUUUUGAGGUGGUGGCAGCUUGCUAGGAGAUCUUUCUCUGUUCAUUUUUCAAUUCACCAUACUCAAGGAGUAAGCAGAUACUGAGCUUGCAAAGAUGGAGACCGACAUUAGUAAUAACCAAGAAUCAGGUGAAGAAGAGAAGAUGAGCAAGUCCCUGAAGAAAUUCCUUCUCAUACUGAAUGGUGCAAUGUUAGCCAUAGGCAACUGUGGAGGUCCACUUGUCCUGCGUCUCUACUUCUUGAAAGGUGGUAAGAGUGUGUGGACAUCAAGCUUUCUGCAGACAGCUGGUUGGCCAUUUAUUAUAUUUCCUCUCAUUAUUUCAUAUUCAUAUCGUCGAAAAAAGAAGGGUUCGAGGACGGAGCUCUUCUAUAUAAGCCCCCAUCUAUUCCUAGCUUGUGCUGUUAUAGGUGUUCUUACUGGCUUGGAUGAUUUUCUUUCUGCAUAUGGAGUCUCUCUUCUACCUGUCUCGACUUCUGCUCUUAUAAUUGCUACCCAACUGGGCUUUACUGCUGGAUUUGCUUAUAUUUUGGUCAAGCAAAAGUUCACUCAUUUUACCGUUAAUGCAAUUUUCUUAUUGUCAAUUGGAGCUGUUAUUUUAGUCCUCCAUGCUAGUUCUGAUCGCCCUGCUCAUGAAACCAACAAACAGUACUUUAUUGGAGUUUUUAUGACACUUGGAGCUUCAGCACUUUAUGGGUUUGUGCUGCCUUUGAUCGAGUUGACGUAUAAGAAAACAAAGCAGACCAUCACUUACACUUUAGUUAUGGAGAUGCAGAUGGUUUUGUCAUUCUUUGCUACUGCAUUCUGCACCAUUGGGAUGCUUCUGCACAAGGAUUUCGUGGCAAUUCCAAGAGAGGCAAGAGAAUUCGAGCUUGGAAGAGCAAAAUAUUAUCUAGUGUUGGUCUUUACUGCAGUGUUUUGGCAAUGCUUCUUCAUGGGAGCAAUUGGUGUGGUUUUCUGUCAUUCUUCAUUGCUCUCAGGUAUUAUAAUAGCUACUCUGCUGCCUGUGACAGAGACAUUAGCUGUGUUGUUCUACCAUGAAAAAUUCAGAGUUGAGAAAGGAAUUUCUCUGGGUUUAUCUCUCUGGGGAUUCAUUUCUUACUUCUAUGGUGAGCUCCAGCAAAACAAGAAACUUAGAAUCAGGCUUCAAAAUUAGAAGCAUCUUAAUCAUGUAUUGAAUAAUGACUUCUUCUAUAUAUUUGUUACUUAAGUUUCAUAAAUGAGAGAUAUGUGCAA